AUGGUGUACCCAUCCGCGGUCGAGCCGUCCCCCGGGACUGAUGCUUUCAAGCCAUUGACAAAUGGCUAUAAUGGCUUUCAUCAUACGUCCUCCUCAGAGCAGGCUAGCGACCAGGAGGACGCUGUUAUGAGUGAUGCUGAAAGUGAGACGUCUGAUUCUUUCCAUGUCGGCGCUAGUCAUAAUGCCGCCGCUCCAGAAAACACCCAUGGCGGCUCGCCAGCGACUGGGAACUCUAGUUAUGAUGAUUCAGAUCUUGAAAGCCAAGGUCGCCAUGGCCCGGGCAAUCGCUCCCCUACGUCGUCGUCACCGGACUCCAGUCAUGGAAUGAAACGAAAAUCAGCGGUCGAUGAGACAGACUACAUAAGACAGAAUCCGGAACUUUAUGGACUUCGCAGAAGUGGCCGCUCCAGGAACGAACGUCGCCAGACGAUUGUGGAUUCAGAAGACGAGGAGCCGAAAGCACCGCGUUCAAAACGAAGGCGUGUUGUCAAUUCGCAGCCACUAUCCAAAGGCCCAUCUCGCUCGGUAACUCGAUCAUCCCCCUCGGACUCAGACACUGACGAAUAUGGGGCUUCUUCUACACGCACAGCACGGCGACGUCAACUGCAAUCAUCCAUCGUUCGCCCCCCUGCUGAGGUGCGUUUCUCUAGCAGGAAUGCCACCAAGGUUGCAAAUUACAACGAGGAUUCUGAUGGAAUGUUCGAAGAGGAAGAGGAGGAUUUUACCCCCAAUGAUGUGGCUGCGGCACCGCAUUAUAAUGGCCCCGGAAUUGAUUCAGUCCUUGAUCAUCGUCUCAAAGAUGGAGUUGACCCGAAUAUCAGUGACUACGACAUCACUAUACGUGACUGCCAAUACUACAUCAAGUGGCAGGACCAAUCACACUAUCAUGCGACCUGGGAGUCUAGUGACGAUGUUAAAUUUCAUAGUGGCUUUCGCAGGUUGGAGAAUUACUUCAAAAACAAAGUCAGGACUGAUCUUUACAUGAAUAACGACCCUGACGUCGCUCCCGAAGAAAAGGAGAAAUGGAACCUCGAUCGUGAACGCGACAUCGAAUCUUUGGAGGAUUAUAAAAAAGUUGAACGUAUCAUCGGCCACCGCGAAGGGCUAGAUGAAACCGAGUAUUUUGUAAAAUGGAAACGGUUGAAUUAUGAUUCUUGCACUUGGGAAAGCGAUUCGCUAGUCAAGGACAUUGCUCUUGAUGAACUUGAUAAGUUCCUUGAUCGCAAUGACAAAGUUGUCACUUGCGAUAAGCGUGAAAUGAACCCUAGAACUAGAUCGCCACAUGUACCGAUCACGGGUUCGCCCGGCUUUUUGAAGAAUGGGCAAUUGAAGGAUUUUCAAGUUAAAGGGUUGAACUUCUUGGCUUACAAUUGGUCCCGGAAUCAUAACGUGGUCCUCGCUGACGAGAUGGGGCUUGGUAAGACAGUUCAAACCAUUGCAUUCAUCAAUUGGCUUCGUCAUGUUCGAGGACAGCAUGGCCCGUUCAUCGUUGUUGUUCCUCUUUCCACUAUACCUUCGUGGUCUGAAACUUUCGACAACUGGACCCCAGAUGUGAAUUACAUUGUCUACAGUGGCUCCAGCACAGCUCGACAGAUUAUCAAAGACUACGAACUUCUGAAGGACAGGAAUCCCCGCAAGCCGAAGUUCAACGUGAUGCUUACCACAUUUGAGUAUGCUAACAUGGACUUUGACUUUUUGCGUCAGAUCCCUUGGCAAUUCAUGGCUGUCGACGAGGCCCACCGUCUGAAGAACAGAGAAUCCAACCUGUAUGGAAACUUACUUGAUUUCAAAUCUCCUGCCCGUCUCUUGAUCACGGGAACACCAAUUCAAAAUAACCUGGCAGAGCUGUCUGCUUUGAUGGAUUUUCUCAAUCCUGGCCUAGUUGAGGUCGAGGUGGAUAUGGAUUUGAGUUCUGAAGCAGCGUCCGAAAAGCUUGCUAAACUACAGAACACUCUCAAACCCCUUAUGCUGCGACGAACCAAGUCCAAGGUUGAGACGGACCUCCCUCCCAAAACAGAAAAAAUUAUUCGCGUUGAAUUGUCAGAUGUUCAGCUUGAAUACUACAAGAAUAUUUUGACGAAGAAUUAUGCCGCAUUGAAUGAAGGAGCUAACGGUCAAAAGCAGUCAUUGCUCAAUAUCAUGAUGGAGUUGAAGAAAGCCAGUAAUCAUCCUUUUAUGUUUCCUAACGCCGAAGCGAAGCUUUUGGAAGGCAACACGCGCCGUGAGGAUGUCCUACGCACCAUGAUCACUAGCAGUGGGAAAAUGAUGCUCCUCGACCAGCUUCUAGCUAAACUCAAACGUGACGGUCACCGAGUGCUCAUCUUCAGCCAAAUGGUGAAGAUGCUUGAUCUUUUGGGUGAUUACAUGAGGUUUCGAGGAUAUCAAUAUCAGAGACUUGACGGGACAAUUAGCGCUGCGAAUCGUAGAGUAGCCAUGGAGCAUUUCAAUGCUCCAGAUAGCACUGAUUUUUCCUUUCUCUUGUCAACCCGAGCUGGUGGUCUUGGUAUCAAUCUGAUGACAGCUGACACGGUCAUCCUCUUUGACUCCGACUGGAAUCCCCAGGCCGACCUUCAAGCCAUGGCCCGUGCACAUCGCAUAGGUCAAACCAAACCUGUGAGUGUCUAUCGCCUCGUCUCAAAAGACACUAUCGAAGAGGAAGUUUUGGAACGCGCUCGAAACAAACUCAUGCUUGAAUUUAUUACUAUCCAGCGUGGUUUGACAGAAAAAGAUGCUCUUCCAGGAAAACAUGCUCGUGCUGUUGGAGAGCCUACUGGAACAGACGAAAUCUCGCGUAUUCUGAAGCGACGUGGACAAAAAAUGUUCGAGCAAACAGGAAAUCAGAAGAAACUUGAACAACUUGACAUUGACUCAGUUCUCGCAAAUGCUGAGGAACAUAAAACGGAACAGGCUGAAGGUUUAGAGGCGGAUGGAGGCGAGGAAUUCCUCAAAUCCUUCGAAUUUGUCGAUGUGAAGGUUGAUGAGAUGACCUGGGACGAUAUCAUUCCCAAAGAGCAACUUGCUGAGAUCAAAGCGGAGGAGAAACGUAAGGAAGACGAGCGUUACCUGCACGAAGUUAUUGAGCAAAACCGCCCGCGAAAACGCCACGCACCUACUGAUGCGUAUGAUGAGCGGGAGGAGCGGAAGGCAAAACGUCGAGCACGCGCCCAGGUGAAUAUAGAGACGGCUGACCAAUCUGAUUCUGAAUCUGAGGAUCCUAAACGCCCGCUAAGAGAGAAGGAACUUCGUCAUCUAAUCAGGGCUUUUCUGCGAUAUGGUGACAUUGAGGAACGGGAAGAAGAUGUCAUACGAGAAGCUCGUCUUACAGGACGUGAUAGGGACACCGUGAAAGCUGCUCUUCGCGAGAUUACUGAAAAGGCAUAUGACCUGGUUAGAGAGGAGAGAGAAAAACUUGAGCAACUAGAGAGGUCGGGCAAAACCCCCACGAAGAAAGAGAAGAAAGCGGUACUUUUCGACCAUAUGGGUGUUAAGCGAAUUAACGCCCAUACCAUGCUCGAACGCCCCGAGGAAAUGCGUGUUUUGCGUACCGCAACACAAGCAUUGACUGAUCAGACUAGCUUUCGGGUUCCAGAAGCAUCAAAGAAAGCCGACUACAGCUGUUCUUGGGGUGCGCGUGAAGAUGGGAUGCUUUGUAUUGGAAUUGUCCGACAUGGCUAUGGAGCCUGGCCGGAGAUCCGUGACGAUCCUGACCUUGGACUCAAUGACAAAUUCUUCCUUGAAGAGCACCGUGUCGAUAAAAAGAAUGAACGAGCCAAUGCUGAAGACAAAGGAACCAAGUCUCCUGGAGCGGUUCAUCUUGUUCGCCGUGCUGAUUACCUGAUCUCUGUUCUGAGGGAGAAAAGCUUGAAUGGGAAUAGUGCUACUGCUAGGAAGGUCGUCGAGAAUCACCACCGCAAGAAGGUCCAACUUGCUCAACGCCGACAACCAAGUGUGUCCGCAUCGCCUGCUCCUCAAAAUGGCCGAAAGGCCCAUCGUGAUUCAGAAAGGCCCCGACAGCGGUCGCAUACACAUGGCCCUCGUGAUAGUACCGAGCGUGCCAAUACUCCCAAAACCGACCCUCUCAGAUCCAGAACUGGCUCCGCUGCGGACAAGAUUCAUAAACGUAGUCAGAAUGGCGUACAUGAAGAUCGCACCCGACCUCGAAGCGCUAGCAUUACUGCACCCCCGGCAACGAUGGAAGAUUCCAUCUUCGAACCUAAAGUUCAUCUAUUGCAUAAGCUCCGUGAUGUGAAACGAAACUAUCCUGACAAAGAGGAGCGAGCUAAUGAGAUGCGUCGUCUUAUUCUGAAGAUUGGCAAUUUCAUUAAGCAACUCCUACGUAAUGAGAACUACCCUGGCUUGGAGGAUAGGCUUUGGGGACACGUUGUGAAGAACUGCUUUGCUUCCGGCAAGACCGACCUAAACUCUCUGAAAGUAAUGUAUGAGAGAGUCGUCGCCAAUAACAGAGAUACAGCUACCAUGGCCAGGUAG